UGGCCGGGCCUGCUCGGGGCGGUGGCGGCUUCGGCGGCGGCGGCGGGCGCAAUGCGGGGCGGUGGGUGCCUCCUCCCGCUGCUGGUGCUUGCGCUGCUCCGCGGGCUGUGCCGGGGUAGGGAGGUGGCUCCGGCCGCCGUGACCUGCGGGUCCGUGCUCAAGCUCCUCAAUACUCGCCACAGCGUGCGGCUGCACUCGCACGAGGUCAAGUACGGCUCCGGAAGUGGGCAACAGUCAGUGACAGGAGUCGAAGCUUCAGAUGAUGCUAACAGUUACUGGCGGAUUCGGGGGAAGACGGAUGGCAGUUGCCAGCGUGGGACACCGGUGAAAUGUGGGCAAGCUAUACGACUUACCCACGUUAACACAGGAAAAAAUCUACACACUCAUCACUUCCCAUCACCACUCUCCAGUAACCAAGAAGUAAGUGCCUUUGGUGACGAUGGCGAAGGAGAUGACCUCGAUAUAUGGAUUGUGCAAUGCAGUGGGACGUACUGGGAGCGGGAGGAUGCAGUGCGCUUCAAGCACGUAGGAACUGAGGUGUUCCUUUCAAUAACGGGGGAACAGUAUGGCCAUCCCAUUAGAGGCCAGCGGGAAGUUCACGGCAUGCCUACUGCUAAUCAUCACAACUAUUGGAAAGCAAUGGAAGGAGUCUUCAUCAAACCCAGUAUGGACCCUGCGAAACACGAUGAGCUCUGAAUUUGCAGAGGAUCCAAAAUGCUUCCGCUUACUCCAAUGUUCAGAGAUGCUAAUCCUUGGUCUCUUAAUAAGUCCUGCCUUGCCCAAGUGACUGAGUUUCUCUAUUACUGAAGGGAAUUAGGAAUAUAGCGCUUCUGUGGGGAAUGGCAUCUGCCAGGUUCAACUGUUGACAUUUAUUUGGCAAAAUCCUUUCUGAAUUUUCAAGUUUAAUUGGUGAAACUAGUUUGUAUAUGUUAGUCUUCAUUGUCAUUUGUUUUGCUUGUUACUAUUUCUCGAAUUCAAGAGAAGUGGAAAAAUGGAAGUAAUACAUUUCUGUAGUCCCAAGUACAAUAAAACUUUGUAUUAUAUAGUC